AUGUCUCAACCGAAGCCGGCAGGUUACCAGAAGCUGGCGGCCCUCAUGGGUCGGACCAACGACCUUGGGGUAUUUAGGAAGUUUACCCGGUUGAAUAUGCUCAGUCUGCUUAGUCUGCAAGCGGAGCUUGUAGAGCUAGAGGCCGACUACGGAGAUAUUUGCGAAGACGACGUUCAGGGAGGGGAGAAGUUCCAUUUGAGCUUCCAAGAGCUGCGCAACUCGAGAGAAAAGCCAAAUUCUUUUCAGUACGAGAAACUGCAGGAGAUUCGAGCUAGGCUUGGGGAGUACAUGGCAAGUCUACUUGACUUAAAACCUCCAAGUAAAAAGAACGUUGCGGUACUCAGAGAGUGGCUUAAUGAUGCCAAAGGAGGCGAUGAGUUCCUCCAAGGCCUGGAAAGAUCACAAUGGGACACCGUGGUGGACUCAGACCUCGUUGCACUUCACAAGGUAGCAGACAACGAAGAUGUUUUUGCCCGGUGCUUUCGAAAAGCUACCAUUCAUAUCUACCAUCGACUGUGGGGUCACAAAGGACAUGGUGGGAUAGUCAUUGAUGAAGAGUCUGGGAUGGUGGAGUAUUCCGACACAAAGGUUGGCCAAGUCAGCCAAGCGGUCUCGACAACUUUGGCAUCCAUUCUUCCUGUGCUGGCAGUUCUUGGCCUCUACUUUGAGAAGAACCUGCUUAACCGCAUAUAUAUCAUGAUCGGCAUCACGACCAUCUUUGCUGCGGUACUCUCCGUUUUCAGCAGGGUAAGCAGGGCGGAAAUUUUCUCAGCGACAGCAACGUUUGCAGCUGUGGAGGUUGUCUUCAUUGGCAGCACUUCGUAA